AUCUGCGGGUUGGUCCUUCUGGCAGCUCAGGAGGGUCUGGACUGUCUGAGAUUCCCGAGUGAGUCAGAACGAGGUGGUGAUCCCGGAGAGACGAGAGGGGUGGGUCGACCCAGCUGCCCACCAGCUGGCACUAGGGGCGGCUGCGGUGAAAUCGAUGGCCCAUGCCAUCGAGGGCCCAUGCCCAGAUCCCUUGACUGCAGAAGGUGAGGGGAGGGUGUCCCUGGUGUGAACCCACUGCGUCUCUGGAAUUGUGUCGCAGAACUCUGCCUGACACUCUUCCACCCCCCUGCUCCUGUGACUGAAGAAAUCCCAAGCCCAAGGGCCGUGUGACCUUUGAGGACAUUGCUGUGUAUUUCUCCCAGGAAGAGUGGGGGCUUCUGGAUGAGACUCAGAGGUUCCUGUACCUCGAAGUGAUGCUGGAGAACUUUGCACUUACCACCUCACUGGUUUAUGGGCAUGAAACAAAGGAGGCACCUUCUGUGCAGAGAGUUUCUGAAGAAGCAGCAUCACAUGUCAAGACCCUAAAGGCAGGUCCAUCUACCCAGAAGGAGCGUGCCUGUGAUAUCUGUGUCCCAGCCCUGAAAGACAUUCUGCAUCUGGAUGAUUUGCCUGGACAGAAGCAGUGCUUUGUUAGGGCGUGUACAAAUCAUCUCCAGGAACAGAAGCAUCACAGUGCAGAAACUGCAUUAAAAGGAUACAUACAUAGUGCCUCUUUUGUGAAGAGCUGUUUAUUCCAUGUAUCAGGGAAUCCCCUCUUCUGUAGGAAGAUUGGACAGGACUUCUCAACUAAAUGGGGUUGUCUUCAUGCCAUUCCAAAAAAUCAGAAGCCAGAUAAAAUUACGACAGGUGUAGAGACUAUACACACUGGGAAAAGUUAUUGCAAAUCAAAUCAAUGCAAAAAAGUUUCCAACCCCAAACACUCACUUAUUCAGUACCCAAAAAUCAUUAAUGCAAAAAGAUAUUUUGAGUCUAGCAAAUAUGAGAAAGCCUUCCAAGACCAGAACUCACUUGUUCCACUCCAGAGGGUCCACACUGGAGAAUGGCCUUAUGAGUGCAGUGAAUGUGGAAAGUCUUUUAGCCAAAAAGCCCCCCUUAUUAUACACCAGAGAGUUCAUACUGGAGAAAAACCUUUUACCUGUAGUGAAUGUGGAAAGUCUUUUAGUCAAAGCUCCAACCUCAUUGAACACUGCAGAAUUCACAGUGGAGAAAGGCCUUAUGUGUGUGGGGAAUGUGGGAAAGCCUUUGGAUGCAAAUCCAAUCUUGUUCGGCACCAGAGAACUCACACAGGAGAAAGGCCAUAUGAGUGUGCUGAAUGUGGGAAAUUCUUCAGGCAGAGCUUCAGCCUUGUUGAACACCAGAGAAUUCAUACCACAGCAAGGCCUUAUGAGUGCAGCCACUGUGAGAAAUCCUUCAGUCAAAAAGCCACUCUUAUUAUACACCAGAGAGUUCACACUGGAGAAAGGCCAUAUAAGUGUGGUGAAUGUGGGAAAUCCUUCAGCCAAAGCUCCAACCUCAUUGAACACUGCAGAAUUCACACUGGAGAACGGCCUCAUGAAUGUGGGGAGUGUGGCAAAUCCUUUAGUCAAAGAGCCACCCUCGUUAGACACCAAAGAAUUCACACGGGAGAAAGGCCUUAUGAGUGUGGGGAAUGUGGAAAAUUCUUUAGACAAAAUUUCAGUCUCAUUGAACACCGCAGAAUUCACACAACAACAAAGAUUUACGAGUGUGGCCAAUGUGGAAAAUCCUUUAGCCAGAGAGCCACCCUUAUUAGACACCAGAGAGUUCACACUGGAGAAAGACCUUAUGAAUGCAGUCAGUGUGGAAAAGCCUUUGGAUACAAAUCCAAACUUGACCGACACCAGAGAACUCACACUGGAGAAAGGCCAUAUGAGUGUGCUACAUGUGGGAAAUUCUUUAGGCAAAGUUACAGCCUUGUUGAACACCAAAGGGUUCACACUAGAACAAGGCCUUAUGAGUGUGGCCAGUGUAGCAAAUCCUUUAGUCGAAGAGCUGCCUUCAUUAAACAUCAGAGAGUUCACACUGGAGAGAGGCCUUACAAAUGUGAUGAAUGUGAAAAAACCUUUAGUAGAAGCACCAGCCUUAUUCAACACUGCAGAAUUCACACAGGAGAGAGGCCAUAUGAAUGUGGCCAGUGCGGGAAAUCUUUUAGGCAAAAGUCUGUCCUCAUUCAACAUCAGGUGGUUCACACUGGGGAAAGGCCCUAUGAAUGCAGCAAUGUAGAAAAUCUUUCAGCCAGCGCUCUAGCUUCUUUCAACACCAAAAGUGUCACCAUGGAGAGGCCUCGUGAAGGCAGCAAAUUCAGAAACCCUGAUCUCAAGGUCUGACAUUUAGCUCCUGAAAGCCCACAAUUGGGGUGUUAGCCCCACCGAAAAUGUGCUGUCUGCUGAAUGAGCCUUUCUGAGGGAGCUAUUUGCCUGAAGAUGAACCUCAUACUUUCAGCAUUCAGAGGAGUGAAGUGCCCUGUGAUUUCCAUGCAUAUGUGAGGUAUAUGGGAGCUGCUCUGCACAUUCUACCCUUGUCUUUGGGGCCUUGCCAGAGAUAAAUUUGUGUCAUUAUCUCAUAAAAGCUAUCUCACCUCUAAUCCUUGAACAGUUUUCACCACUUUUACCAACAUCUCAAGGGAAGGCAGAUAUCUGCUCUUUCCCUUCUCCUCAAAGACAU